ACAGAGACGAGACAAGAAAUAGUGAAGUUUUGUAUUGGCAAAUGACAAUAGACAUCAAUAUUAUUUUACGUUGCUUUUGUUUAAGAAUUGAAAACUAAAUGCAGAUCUAAAGAAUGAAGAAUCAUAACUAUUAAGGAGAAAAAAAAUCGGAGGUGGUGUAGCAAUACUAAACUUGGUUUCCAGCAUUACAAAGUUGAGUCCUAUAACAAAACUGAAUGAGAUCUCAACUGAGGAAGUAUUUGAAUGUUGCGGAGCUCUCGUGAAGUGCAGAUACUCCAGGUGUUUGUUUUUUAUAAUUUAUCAGCUCUUAUCUGAAAAAUAACCAUAAUGAGAAGGUCUUCUGCGGGGAGGAAAUCUUCGCUUGGAAGGAGGUCGACGAACCUUGCAAAGGCAACCAGUAUGAGUUCAGGCCUGGAUUCUACUGCUAAGAAAGAGAAAAAAUCGAUGCUGCUCAAGCCAGGUUUUACUAUGAGACGUUCAACUUCAGAGGACAGACUUUCUGGAAUUCCACUUGCUAAGCAAGGAACUCUUUCUGUUCAAAGGCCCAAGAGUCAAAUCAAUCUGAACUGUAUGACACCAAAAACGCCCAAGAAUGUUGGCAAUAACCCAUUAAUGGCAGGCUCCAGAUCCUCAAGGGCUUACCGAACUUCCAGCAUGGAAUCGAAUAGAUUGAGUAGCAUCGGAACUGGUAUGAGGUCAACAAGGAAGGAAAGAAGACCAAUCAAUACCAAAGAAUUCCAAACAGAUGCAUUGAAAAGAAUUCAAGACUAUUUUUUGAAGCAAGCGAAUUGUCGCGAAAUCCUUGAUAACAGCAUGACCAUACGUCCGAUGUCAACGAAGAAGUUCAUAAAUAUGACAGAGCACCUGCUUCAGAAGAUCAAUAGCGAAUUGCCUCCGUUGACCAACAAUAAUUACGUUGAUGAAAUUAUAAAGAACAUGAAAAUCUUCAACUACGGAGGAAAGUUGGAAAAAUCUUGGUUGAUUACAGUGAACGCGCAACACUCGUGGCAGUACGUGGUUGGUCUAAUAGUGUGGUUGGUGGAUGCUGUUACCCUCGCCGAAUCAGUUGCUGGCGAUUUGAAUAUUCUCUACCCAGAUUCGCUGGGAGAGGAAAAUUCAAUUGACGAAGGCGAAGAAGGAGUCGACAAAGAGGAAGAGGAAGUGGACAAUGUUCUUCAUGAUAACUGGAAGUUGAUUGUGCCUCAACUAGCAACAGCUUACAUAAGUUACAUAGAAGGAGAUCCUGAGUUCGAAGCCAGGCAAGACGCUAGAGCAGAUCAGAUCUUCCAUAGAAUAAUGGAGAAGAUGAACUUGAGUGACGAAUCGAAUGCAGCUUUGGAAGCUGAAGUUGUUUCGUUAAAAAGCAUUUUGAAUGAGUACAUUGCAAAAGAUUCCGAAUUAAAGAACAAAGUGGCGCAUCUCGAAACUUUGACGGCUGACUCUGAAAUGCUUAUUGACUACAUAGAUAAAACAAAAAAUUACAUACUUAGUCGCAAACAAGAAAUCGAAUCAAUGCAGAUGGAGAUUGAAGUGUUAAAAAAGAAGCGUAACGAUUGUAAGAUGCAAGUGGCCUGCCUGAAGGAAGAGUGCGAGACGUUGAAGCAUGCGCAGCAUGAGUCCGACAAGAAACAAAAACAACGCAUGGAUCUUGAGGAGAGCAUCGUCUUCCACGAGAAGGGUAUUGAAGAAUUGAAGAAGUCCAUCUAUUCUCUCGACAUCCAACUACUCAAAACUAAGAGAAAGAUAGAAGAGCCAUUGGUGCCUUUCAACCAAAUGAUUGCUGAAAACGUGAAGGAUGAGCCGCGACUCAAGUUGUGUUCUAUCGGCAACAUCAUUCUCGACGAGAGUCGCACUUCAAACCUGACAGAUGAUAUCAAAAACAAACUGAUCAGAAUUAGAGACGAGUGGCAGCAGCAAGUGCAUGAAUUGAAGUCACAAUUACAGGAGAUUGAAUCCACUAAAUCAAUGAGAGAAGAACAUAGAGACAGAUUGUCUGAACGAGUGGAAAAUAACCAGAAACAAUUGGAAGCGCUUCAUCAGCAGAUUAAAACUAUCACAGAACACAAGGAAAAGGAAUCUGCAAGGUAUAAAGCUGAAAUUGCGCAACUGUCUCAAAGUAUUCAACAGACUUUGGAAAAUAUGCCAGUUAUUGAUGAGGACGAAAAAGCGCAGAAAAUUGAAAUGGAUAUCAAACAGAAAGAAGAUAUAAAAGCCUUGAUAAAAGCAGCAAAAUAUGCAUUUCAAAAAACCAGAGAAAUCUACAUGAACUUCGCUAAUGAAGCUGAGAAAACUGUACAAGAAGCUUUACAAGAAGUUGAUGAUUAUAUCAAAGAAGUCUCUGAGUAGGGAUAGUAUGCUCAUAUUAUUGCUUGUUACUUCACGUUUAAUCAAUAUUCUAUUUAGAUUCAGAUAUUCAUGUUAACAUUUAGCUUUAUUUACAAACACUAUAAAUAUUAUAUUUCUAAUAAAAAAAUUUACAGUA